AAUGUUCUGCCGGGCUCGUCUGCCCUUGACUCGUCUGGCAUACUCUCUUGCAGCCCGGAGGCCGAACCCUCCUUACUAUGCUACUCGUGGGGCCAAAACCGAGAGUACUAUCAAAGUUCAGGAACUACCACAAGGUCCCCUCGCUCCUGCCCCGCUGCCUGCCAUCGAAGAACAUCCGGACGAUCAAGUUCAAGCCUAUCCGCGUGUCAUACAACAACACCUGAACAAUGUCAGCAAAUUCAGCGAUUGUGUUGUACUUACUCGUAUAGGCAAUUUUUACGAGCUGUAUGGCGAGCAGGCCGAUCAAUAUGGCCCUCUCCUCAAUCUCAAGGUAGCACAGAGGAAGACUGCCCUUGGUCCAAUAGCCAUGGCAGGUUUCCAAUACACUCAAUUGGAUCGCUUCCUCAAAUCUCUUGUCCAAGGACUAAACAAACACGUCGCCAUCAGCGAGGAGCUUCGAAAUUCUGCUGCUGACCAGGUCAAAAAUGGCGGUCUCCUCUAUAAUCGAAAAGUCUCCCGUAUUGUUACCGCCGGCACCUUGGUCGAUGAAACCUUCAUGGACCCUUUCGAAAACAACUUCUUACUAAGCAUACAUGCCAAUCUUGACACAACAGACACUGUCUCUAUAUCGCACGAGACAGACGUGGGCCUGACAUGGGUAGACCUCUCAAGUGGUGACUUCUUCACUCAGCGCACCGAGAUAGCCUCUCUCGGCUCCGUCAUUGCUCGCAUAGGAGCCCGCGAGAUUGUCCUCGAUUCUAGCUUUGAACGAAUUGACCGAACUCAGCUAGAUCGACUUUUGGGCGAUGGGGGACAUGCUGUGACAUACCACAGUCCAGACCCGAAUUUUGCCUCCACCGAACAUUGGGCUCCUAUGCUAGAAAAGCCUGUCUCAAGAAAAGAAUCGCGUUCCUUCUCCACCCAAGAGGUACUUGCGGGCUCAUUGCUAUUAGAUUAUGUCAAAGGCAGGUUGCUCGAGCUGAAUGUUUCUUUGAGAUCUCCUAUCCGUCGCAAUCAGGGCGAUUAUAUGAGCAUCGACAAGCAGACCUUGAAAGCUCUGGAGAUCAGAUCCACUCUCCGUGACGGACUCUUUCAAGGCAGUCUGCUGCAUGCAAUCCGAAGAACAACGACCAAGAGCGGUGCUAGAUUGUUAAGUCAGAGACUAGAGAUCAACAGCCGCUUGAACUUGAUUUCAGAGCUGCUUGAGCACGAUCAGUUGCGUGAAGAGACCAUGUCUGCGCUACAAAGAACAACGGAUGUUCUGCGCUUGCUGCAAAGAUUCUCAAUCGGUAAAGGAGAUGCCGAUGAUCUCCUUGCUCUUGCCAAAACAAUACGGAUCGUCAACCAUAUUGUCAACAUGAUGAAUACACAUCUACCCUCUCAANAAAGUGCUAUCGACCCGCCUCCUUCGUCUUUGCCAUUGAGAGCAUUGGUAGGUCGUCUUGAUCUGGAUGGUCCCUCGAAACUUGCAACUCGCAUCUUGGAGGCAAUCGAUGAGGAAGGCCUCUCUCAACAGCAUCUCGCCGAAGAGGCAGAAGCGGUGGGUGUUGCAGAACUUGCAGAACAGAUCGUUGAAGCAGAGGAACCGUCGACCAAAUCAACGAAACGUGGCAAGGCCAGUGCUAAGAAGGCUGCAGUAAUUACAGACCUCAAUGCCGGAGAGUUUUGGAUCAUGCGCAGGAGUGCCAGCACAACCUUGAAACAAGGGCAUCAGAAUCUAGACAACAUUAUGCAGGAAAAGGCGCAACUCUUUGAACGUUUGCGAGCAGAAAUAGGACAUUUUUGUCAUGUCAAAGGCAAAGAUGUUCGAGCAGAGAUUCCGGAUGCAAGAAAUGUCAGCUCUACCAAAAAUACUAGAGCCUUUUACCUUCCAGAUUGGUCACACUUGGGAUCACGAUUGGAAGACGCAAAGCUACGUAUCCGCACCGAGGAGCAAAGGGUCCUCAACGAUCUUCGCAAGCGGCUGAGGCGUAAUGCUAAUAUCCUUGACGAGUUGGACGUUGGGUGUUCAUCUGCGGUUCUGGCAAGAGAAAGAAACUUAAUUGUUGGCGGUCGCCAUCCUAUGGUAGACAUAGGUCUUCAAGAGCAAGGUCGGCUAUUUACUGCCAACAAUUGUAAUGUGGGCGGAGACGAGAGCAUCUUGUUAAUCACAGGGCCUAAUAUGGCAGGAAAGAGUACCUAUCUCAGGCAGAACGCCCUGAUCACCAUUCUAGCACAGACUGGUUGCUUCGUUCCUGCAGAUUAUGCAGAAAUAGGGCUUGUGGAUAAGAUAUUCAGCAGAAUAGGCUCUGCGGACAACCUGUACAACCAUCAGUCGACCUUCAUGGUGGAGAUGCUCGAGGUGGCCGACAUACUCAAUCAAGCCACUUCGCACUCGUUUAUCAUCAUGGACGAAGUCGGUAGAGGAACAACUCCAGAAGACGGCGUAGCUGUGGGAUAUGCCUGUCUGCAUCAUCUGCACAACACAGCCCAAUGCCGCACACUGUUCGCAACACACUUCCACUCUCUAGUCGACAUGACGACAAGUUUCGAUCGCCUGGCUUGUUACUGUACAGAUGUUGCAGAAGAAGAGGAUGGCUCAUGGGUCUAUGUACACAAACUUCGAGAAGGUAUGAACAGAAGCUCGCAUGCGCUUAAAGUUGCAAAACUUGCUGGUUUGCCGGAUACGGCAAUCGCUGUGGCCAAGAGUGUUUUGGACGACUUUGAGCGGGAAAGGCAAAGUGUAUCG